CUCAAGUACCUACGUCCUACUUACUACCUGGCCAGCACUGCAACUUGUCGUUCCAUUGUCUGCCAUAUUGAAGCUGCCUGCCACCAACGUAGGGUGCCUAUCUUAUAACUUCUCGCCGUCUCAGCCUUGCGAUGAGCAUACAGGCAACUCCAGCUUCCCCCUAGCAGCCCUCUUCCUUGAAAUAACACGCCAUAUCCUCCGUCCCUAGCCCCAGUUCGAGGCCGCGCAGUUGCACAUCCUCCACCAUGGCCUCCCAAACCCCAGCCGUUGUCAUGGACAAUGGGACUGGAUUUUCCAAACUUGGGUUCGCCGGGAACGAUGCCCCCUCAUGGGUGUUUCCUACGGCCAUCGCGAUGAAAGGUGCCGGAGGGGGUGGUGCAGGAACAGGCCCAGGAAGACCAUCCGUGGCAAACAAGCCUUCGUUCUUGACCGGCGGUGCAGGUCCUAGCUCGAAUCUAUCAGCAAAACGUGGCACUGAAGACCUGGACUUCUUUAUUGGAGACGAGGCUCUUGCCGCAGCAAAUGGUCCGGGAUACAGCAUCAAUUAUCCCAUCAGACACGGGCAGAUCGAAAACUGGGACCACAUGGAACGGUUCUGGUCGAACUCUAUAUUCCAGUAUUUGAGAGUUGAGCCAGAAGACCAUUACUUCCUUCUCACCGAACCCCCCCUAAAUCCUCCCGAGAACCGCGAGAAUACUGCGGAAAUCAUGUUCGAGUCCUUCAACUGUGCCGGCCUCUACAUUGCGGUGCAAGCCGUCCUUGCUCUGGCUGCUUCAUGGACAUCCUCCAAAGUGGUCGACAGAUCUCUUACCGGAACGGUCAUCGACUCCGGUGACGGCGUGACACAUAUCAUUCCCGUCGCCGAAGGGUAUGUGAUUGGAUCGUCGAUCAAAAGCAUUCCAAUCGCAGGACGAGAUAUCACCUAUUUCGUGCAGAGUCUCCUCCGAGACCGAGGGGAGCCCGAUAGCAGUCUGAAGACGGCCGAAAGGGUCAAGGAGGAAUACUGCUACGUCUGUCCCGAUAUUGUCAAGGAGUUUGCUCGAUACGACAAGGAACCCGAUCGGUUCCUCAAGCAUACCGUCACCUCGCCGAACGGAAGAUCAGUGACGAUCGAUGUCGGCUACGAACGAUUCUUGGCCCCUGAGAUCUUUUUCAAUCCCGAAAUUUAUUCUUCAGACUUCCUCACCCCCCUUCCGACAGUUGUCGACGGCGUCAUUCAAUCGUCGCCUAUUGACGUGCGUAGAGGGCUUUACAAGAACAUUGUCUUGUCUGGUGGCUCGACUUUGUACAAGGACUUUGGCCGUCGGUUACAACGCGACAUUCGACAUUUGGUGGAUGCCCGUAUCCGUGCGUCGGAAGCUCGCAGCGGUGGCGCCAAGAGUGGUGGAUUGGAAGUCCAAGUUGUCACUCACAAGCGUCAAAGACAUGGCCCGUGGUUUGGUGGCAGUCUGUUGGGUCAGACACCCGAGUUCCGCAGUUACUGCCACACCAAGGCCGAGUAUGAUGAGGUUGGACCUAGUAUUGUUCGGAGAUUCGCCUUGCUAGGUGGUCCAGGCAGUACUUAGUUCGACAGGAAGACAUUUUGCAGACUUAGGCGAGAAAGAAAAAAUUGAUUUUCGACUCUGGAAUUCAACUCAUCCUGCUGGUCAAGCUAUUGGUAUCACGCCAUGAAAUUGAUAUUCGUCUAUCCAGUUGAAUCCUGUCCAGGUUUGGUAUCCUGUUCCUGUUCUAUUCCGACCGUGAUACAAGCUGGAAUAGGAAUGCCGGUAGUGCAGAUCAAGUCAGACCCAAUUACAAUACAUUGUACACCCGUUAUUACCGAGUCCAAGCGUUCUCUCCUUGCACUCGACCCAAUUGAUUCUGGUUUGUCCCAUUCCUUUUGUCCGUUCCUCAUUUCUCAACCCUCGUCAAAAAACACACCCCCUCAACAUGUCCCGUCUGAGGAAAGAAAUCAAACCCUCUCAGACUUUCAAUCUCAUAUCGCCAAUUGCCUUUUCCUUUCACACCACCAUCUUCAUUGGCACCACCUCCAUUUUUCGUACCAUCAUCAUCAAAUCCCGAAACCAACAUCCCCACAUCCCUCGCCUGAGUAUGCACAUUACAACUAACAUACACCACUCUCCUCGGUCCAAAAUUGCACAACUGCUUGAGGAAAUCCAC